UGCACCGAGCGUUGCCGAACGUGUGUAAAGAGUUCGCAGAAUUUGUCAAGUAUUAUAUCGAAAGACUACGAUCAAACACAAGAGGAAAAUAAUAAAUCUGUACCAUAAGAUAUGUAUUAUCGUGCUCCGUCGUUAUAUUCGCAACGAAAACGACAAUAUAAGUACUAAAAUAGAUACAAUGAAUGAUGAAGAUAGGCAACUUUUAUUGCUGUUAAGCAUUUAUUGCAAAAAACGAAUGUUUAAUCGUAAAAAAAUACUAUUAUUAUUGGCGACAUGGCAUGCUCAACUGGGAAAUCAUGAUAACGUUCAACAGCGAAAACGGCGAUGGUGGGUUCGUCCAAUUAACCAAUUUCGAUUGGAACAAGGAGAUGGAAACCAACUUGAUUGAAGAAAUGAGAUUGUCGGAUACCGAAGUCCAUUUUCAAUACACUCGUAUGACAAGAGUUGUAUUUGACGAACUUCUUACAAAAGUUGGACCAAAAAUUGAAAAACUAGCAACAUAUUGUCGAGAACCUAUUUCUGCUAGAGAUAGAUUAUACAUUAAGAUAUUUAGCAACUGGAGACAAUAUGUCUUCGAUAGCAUAUGCAUUCCGGGUUGGACGUAGUACAGUCUCUGGUAUAGUGCACGAAACAUGUCAAGCAUUAUGGGAUAGUCUAUACGAUGAGAUGUUUCAACCAACGGAAAGUGGAUGGAAAGCAGUAGCAGAUGAAUUUGAGAGAUUUUGGAAUUUCCCUCAUUGCAUUGGUGCGCUAGAUGGAAAGCAUAUCAACAUACAGGCACCACCAAAAUCUGGGUCAUCUUUUUUUGAUUAUAAAGGACAUCACAGCAUUCAUCUAAUGGCAAUAGCAUCAGCAAGAUAUAAAUUUUUGCUUGUUGAUAUAGGAGCAGAAGGUCGCCAUAGUGAUGGUGGAGUUUUUAUGAACUCGUUAAUGGGUUGUCGAUUUCGAAAUAACGAGAUGAAUGUACCACCUCCAUCAGCAAUUGUUAUAGAUGGGGAAUCAAUGCCGUAUGUUAUAGUAGCAGAUGAGGCAUUCCAAUUGAGCAAUUUCAUUUUGAGACCUUAUCCUGGACGAGCAAUUUCAGAUGAACGAAGGAUUUUUAACUAUCGCUUAAGUCGAGCACGAAGAGUAAUCGAAAACGCUUUUGGCAUAAUGGUAGCUCGCUGGCGAAUUCUUACUAAAACAAUCUGUACAUCGUUGCUGACAGCUGAUAAAAUUGUGCAGGCUUGCGUUGUACUUCACAAUUUCUUAAUGAAUAAGUCCAAUUACUGUAAUCGUGGAUUUGCCGAUGAGUUCAAUGGAUGUGAAAUUAUUGAAGGAUUAUGGAGGAACGAGUUGCAAAACAAUACAGCAUUGACUCCCUGUGGCUCUGCAGGCAGCAAUACACAUUCACGUAUUGCUGCUUUAGGAAGAGAAAAAUUCAAGCACUACUUUUUAAAUGAAGGCGCUGUUCCAUGGCAGCGGGGAUUGUGAUUGGUUAUUGAUGAAGUUUAUAGAAUGAAUUCACGAAUGAAGUUCUAAUUUUCUUAAGUUAUUCCAUUUAUUUCAUAUGAAGAUUUAAUAAAAA